AUGAAGCCGCAGCAGCAGCAGCUGCAGCAGCAACUGCAGCAGCAGCUCCAGCAGCAACUGCAACAGCAGCAGCAGCAGCAGCAGCAAAAGAACACAGGCUCGGCCUGCUGUCCCCUAGGGCUACUCAAGGGAGUGUCUCCUUUUGCUGCGUCUCUCACUGCAGGAGACCUGUCCUCCUUUGACAAUCAGCAGCAGGAGCAGCAGCAACAGCAGCAACAGCAGCAGGAGCAGCAGCAAAUGCUUUGGAGGUCCAGCAGCCCCUUAGGUGUUCAUGCAGCAGGUGCUGCUGCUCUGCUGCAGCAGCAAGAUGCAUUUAAAGCAGCAAGAGAUAUCCUCUCAAUCUUCUGUCCCCACAAAGCGCUUCUAUUUCAUGGGCGGCUCUGUCCCUUAGCUUCUAGAGCCCGCAGCAGCAGCAGCAGCAGCAGCAGCAGCAGCAGCAGUGGCGAUAGCAGCAGCAGCGACAGCAGCAGCAUCCACUACAACAGCAGCAGCUUAUUUGUUUCUCCCUGA